AUGGGCGUCAGCACGAACCGCAACAUUAUCAUCGUAGGCGUCGGCUCCUCCAUGUCCCGAUCGCUGGCCAUGUGGCUCGCCAGUCUCGGGUGGAACAUCGCCCUGAUCUCCCGCUCGGAGAGGAGCCUGGCCGCCAUCGCCGAGGAGGUCCGCUACGCGGGCCCGGACAAGCACGUCGUCACCGUGGUCCACCACACCGCGGACGCCGGCGACCCGGCCAGCUUGACCGCCGCUCUGGACUGGUGUCUGCACCAGCUCGGGGGGACCCUCGACGUCCUCAGCUACAACGCCGCGCGGGUGGCGGACUCCUCCAUCGCGACCCUCACGCCCGAGGAGCUGGAGCUGGAUUUCCGCGUCUCCGCGAUCGGGACCCUGGUCGCCGGCCAGUGGUUCCGGGGACAUGCCCGGGCGGAGGGUGUCUCGCAGGGCGAGUGGCCCUUGUUCCUGGUCACCGGCGGUGUCCUGGACAAGCACCCGGACCCGAGCGUGGCUUCGUUGAGUAUCGCCAAGGCCGCCUCCCAGACUGUCAGUCGGAUCUUCGCGCAGGUCCUGCCGCGGGAUUCGCGGAUCUUGGUGGGCAUGCCGCUGGUGACGGGUCGCACGGUUGACCCUGCCACCGGAGAGUAUUAUGAGCAGUAUCGUCCCGAUAAGAUCAUUCAGGCGCUCUUCCGGCCGUUCUUCGAGGAGAGAGAGCAGAGGCCGGAUGGGUCAGAAGGCUGGGUGGUGGAACGGCAUCUGUGA